GCCGGCUCCAAAUUGUUUCAGUUCUGUGAAGCAUCUGAACGAGCCGAAUACAAGGAGGAAAACCACUGGUGUUGAAAAUAUAUCGUGCUCUUCAGGAUGGACCUUUGUCCUGCUGAAUCAACUGGCUUGAGUGGGGCUGAAGAGGCUGAAAUAGAGACAAUCAGGAAGCACAAGCAGGAGCUUUUGGAUGACAUUAAGAAGCUGAAGGAGGAGAUUGCAGAGGUGUUUGCAGAGAUUGAGUGUUUCCAACAAGCAGAGGAGAAGCAAGAGGCAGACAACAAUCCCGGAGAGCAGACCAGGCAACUGUCACAGAGGGAUAAAGUUCUGUCCCUGGGCCGGAAGAAAUUCAACAUGGAUCCUGAAAAGGGGAUCCAGUACCUGAUCGAGCAACAGGUAUUGUCCUCAGACCUGCAGGAGAUCGCCAGCUUCCUCCACAAGGGUGAAGGCCUGAACAAGACAGCCAUUGGGGAUUACCUGGGUGGGAGGGACCCCACCAACAUUCAGAUCCUCCAGGCCUUUGUGGCGUGUCACCAGUUUGCCAACCUCAACCUGGUGCAGGCACUGAGACAGUUCCUCUGGAGUUUCCGGCUGCCUGGGGAGGCGCAGAAGAUUGACAGGAUGAUGGAGGCCUUCGCCAACUGGUACUGCAAGUGUAACCCGGGAGUGUUCCAGUCCACAGAUACCUGUUAUGUACUCUCCUUCUCUAUCAUCAUGCUUAACACCAGCCUGCACAACCCCAAUGUGAAAGACAAACCCCACUUUGAAAGGUUUGUGUCCAUCAACAGAGGCAUUGACAAUGGAGGGGACCUCCCAGAAGAGCUUUUAAAGAAUCUAUUUGAGAGCAUAAAGAACGAGCCGUUCUCCAUACCAGAGGACGAUGGCAACGAUCUCACCCACACUUUCUUCAACCCUAACCGUGAAGGCUGGCUGCUGAAGCUAGGAGGACGUGUGAAAACCUGGAAACGCCGCUGGUUCAUUCUGACCGAUAACUGCCUGUAUUACUUUGAAUAUACCACGGACAAAGAGCCUCUGGGUAUUAUCCCUUUGGAGAAUCUGUCAGUCCGGAAGGUGGAUGAUCCCAAAAAGCCAAACUGCUUUGAACUCUUCAAUCCCAACUGCAAAGGGCAGAAGAUCAAAGCCUGCAAAACAGAUGGGGAUGGGAAGGUGGUUGAAGGCAAGCAUCAGUCCUACAAGAUCUCAGCAGCCACUCCAGCAGAGCGUGAUGAGUGGAUUGAGGCAAUACGGACCAGCAUCACACAGGAUCCUUUCUACGAUUUGGUCUCAGCCCGUAAGAAAAAGAUUGCCAGCAAAAACUGAACCAUGACCUGGCCACCGGUGUCAGAAAGGUGUAGGUUACUGGACAGCUUCCCUCUCACACUGGGCUCUUCCAGUGAAGAAAUUUGGGAGCUGAGGUUCCCUCUGCCUCCCACUUAGCAGGCAGAUGACUGACAGGACAGCUUACCCUCUUUGCUUCUUCCCCUUCCAAGAUGAAGGCAGAGGCGCAGGGUGCAAUCCACUGAGGACUGUCAGAGCCGUGGGUGUGGGGUUGCCCAUGUACGAACAUAAAGACUCAACAGCAACUGGCCUUUGGGUUCUCCCACAUAGGCCCAGAGAUGUGGGACAGGAUUUGAGAGGAGACAGGAAUGUCUGCACAGUGUCUCCAGCCCCUCCUGUUGUCACACCAGGCCAGGGUAUUUUUCUGUGAGGGACCAUGUAGAUUCUCUUGGAGCAGCUGAGCAUGGUCCAGAAAGGCAUGAGCAUGGCAGAGCAGAAAGG